AUCCGCAAGUAGAUCUUGUGAAUAAGUGUGUAUCACUCUUUUAAAUCAGUAAUCAAGCUUGGUCCGACUUCCGCAGGGAAGAUCACUCGGCAUCACAUGAUUAGCAAAAAUGUCUGACAAAGAUAGGUUAAAUGUUUUCCCAUCUCGUAUGGCCCUGGCCAUAAUUAAAACCAGGCUAAAGGGUGCACAAAAAGGUCACAGUUUGCUCAAAAAGAAAGCUGAUGCGUUAACACUCAGAUUUAGGAUGAUCCUCAGAAAGAUCAUUACUACCAAGACUGAAGUGGGUGAGGUUAUGAAAACUGCUCAGUUCUCUUUAGCAGAGGCCAAGUUUACUUGUGGGGAUAUCAGCCUUGUCAUUCUUCAGAAUGUAACCAAAGCUGCUGUCAAAGUGAAAAGUAAAAAAGAGAAUGUCGUUGGUGUUACACUCCCAAUCUUUGAGUCCUAUCAAGAUGGGGGAGAUACCUAUGAGCUGACUGGCUUGGCAAGAGGUGGGCAACAGAUUGACAAAGCUAAAAAGAGUUAUGGUAAAGCCAUCACCUUGUUGGUGGAGCUUGCUUCACUGCAGACAUCCUUUAUCACACUGGAUGAAGUCAUUAAAAUAACAAACAGAAGAGUCAACGCUAUUGAGCAUGUGAUCAUUCCAAAAAUUGAGAGGACACUAGCCUACAUUUCAUCAGAGUUGGAUGAAAGAGACAGAGAGGAAUUUUAUAGGUUAAAAAAGGUUCAAGAAAAAAAGAAAAAGAUCAAAGCCCAAGAGGAGGCAAUAAAGAGAGCCCAACUGGCAGAAAAGGGUGGCCAUGGAGAGGAAGCACCGAGCAUAUUUGACGAUUUCAAAGAUCCUGAUAUAUUGUUUGACUAGCACUUGAUUAAUAUUAUUUUUAAAUCUCAUAGCCAAUAUUCCAUAGAGAAAUAUCAGCAAUAUUGUAGCUGAGGAUUUUGAUUUUAAUCUUUUCUAAAUAUUGGAUGUCGUAUCACCAAAAAAACUAAGACAACGUGUAGUAUUUAGUCUAGAAUUGGAAACAAUAUUGUGCUAUACAUGUUUAGUUAAUUAGGAGAUUACUUUUUUAUUUGGUUAAAGAUUUUGGUUAUAAAAAGGUUAUUUUGAAUGUAGGUUGGGCAAGUGUGGCUUCAAAGUACCUGUUGACCUGUAUGUGGUACUCACCGAGACAUUUCAUUUCUGUAUAUACUUGUAUUUAUUCUGUGGUCAUCACCUUUCACAAUUAAAAGUUUCUUAUUGGAGAAUAGAGGACCAGUAAGAACUGUUAAUUUUUAUUUAAACUUUAAUUUUUCUGUGUUUUAUUAUUGUUCUGUUUCAAGGAUGUUCUGCUUCCUGACAGUAAUGCACUGUUGAGAGUAUGAAUGGACUGUAAAUAGAUUCUGUGAAGAAUGAUGAAGAUCUUGUGUUUAAAAUCAUGGUUGCUGUUGGUGAAUCAUAGCUGUAUUGUUUUGUUGUCAGUAAAGAAACAUCGUCUCUGUCAGUGUAAUAUUUGCAUUUAAUCCAGGUUAUAUAAUCCCAUAAUCUUGUGGCUGUGUUCUAAAUGAUGUGAUGAUUUAUUUUUUUUUUCUUAACAAUUUAUCUGCCUAGUUUAGAUAUUAAAAAUUAUUCAUUGUCAAAAGCAAAAACAAUUCUUCACAUUAUUAAUUGAAUGUAUAGUUCUUGAAUAGAUUUUAUGUUUGUAAUUUAAAAAAAAAAAAUUUAGUAAUGUCAUACUAAAAAUAAACGGAUAGUGCUCUUAUCAUUUUUUGUAUUUGUUUAUUAUCAUUUGCAAAUUAGCCGCUGCAUUAAAUUAAGAAGGAAAAUAAA